AUGGAGAACUCCAAAUGGCGGGGAUCCAUCGAAGUUCCUGUGGUGGAUUCAUUGCAACGCGUAUGGGAGAUUCUCAACGACUUCUAUGGAUUGAAAAAAUGGCAGCCCAACUUGCUGGUUUGCGAAAGAGUGGAGGGAACACCAACACAGGGCCCUGGCUGUGUUCGCUCCCUUUCCUUUCCUUCUCCCUCCUCACCAGAAAAAACUUCAUGGGCCAAAGAAGAACUCACAUCCUUGGACUGUGCUAACCAUUGUUAUAGUUAUACUAUUAUCGAUACCAACGUGGAGGGAAUUGAGGGGUAUGAAGCUACUUUGCAAGUGAUAGAGGGAAUGGAAGAGGAUAAGUGUAUUGUCAAAUGGUCUUUUGAGCUCAAUCCAGUUGAUGGUCUCUCCCAACAGGAGUUUGUGGGUAACUUUAGCUCUGUGUUGACUGCCGCCAUUAAGAGUCUUCAAGAUGCUAUUUCUUGCCCGUAG